AAAAUCACGCCUUGAUCUUCUGCUCUCUAUAUCUUUUGCCUUAGUCUUCCAUAACGGAUCUCCCAGGAACUUUGCUGUCAGCGGCUGCCCACUGGUUCCGAAGCACAUUUCCUUGAUCAAUGAUGUCCCUUCAUGAUACGCGGGACCCAAAUGUUCAGAUGGACACUAGCUCCCUCCAAUCGCCAUCGAAUACCCUUUCUCUAGGUUACCAACCUCUCGUUCCUCAACGCCCUAAGGAUCCUCUUAUACAAAAUACCAUGUCUCAUACCCCGCGUGAAGCUAUUUCCAUCUUCCAACGACCGGCGGACCCUAACGCUCUCCACCUCUCUCUUGCAGAUACCUCUCCUUCUUCCACUGGAAUGCAUUCAAUGGAUGUACUUGAUACAACUACCUCAUCGCGUGCACCAGCACCUGGCUUUAUUUCUGAUUUUCCUUGUCGAAAUAUCUCAUACAGCUCAAUGUCGAGAAUGGAUAGUCAUCUUACCCUUCACUCCCCGCAAAGCGCCACCUCGGGCUCCAGCGGUCCUUCAUCCGCCGUCCAUGGCGUGUCAUCUGCAUAUACCAUGAGUACCUCGUCCAUCAUGGUCAAUGGACAGUCUAUGAUCCAAUCUGUGCAUGCCGGGGCGUUGGAUUCUUCAGGGUCUCCGGGGGCUUUGGGCAAUCCAGCUUCUGAGCUGGCGUUUCCCCCUUUAAGCAAUAGCUCGUCAAAACCGACACAAGACCCAGGUUUUAUCUUUCCCCCCCCAGACGUGCCUGAUUUGUUCAGUGGGCGCGACAGCUCGCCAGAGACACCCGGUGACUCACACUUACUGGUCGUCGGAGACAUACUUAAAACUAUUGCGCACACCGCGCAAUCAGCAAGUACAGCAUGUUCUCGUGGUCAGGGUCUUGAGGCCAACGUCAGAAUUGAUGAGCUCAAGAAGACUAUUACACUGGUCUCCGAGCUUAUUGCUGCCACAAAAAUUGCGGAUACCCCAGCCAUAUCACGCAAUCCUUCGCCUCGACGCUUUUCUUUGUUGGGCGCAAAUUCCAACGUUUCCCCGUCCACACAUGGCGUAGUUCCUCUAACGCAAGAGCAAUUGGCGUCGGGCAUGCACUUUUCCUCUGCAGCAGACUUAGGUACUAUGGAUGGUCAAAGUAAUGGUGAUCUUGCAGACAUGUCUCGGAAACGAUGUGCUUCGUCGAUGGCCGGUGACCGUGUUAUCAAGGCGCCAAAGCGUGAGCCGCAAGAGGACACGCCACUUCAUAUCAUCCCUCCACCAGUGUCCAGCCAACAGCCCUUCUCUUCUGCUGUUGCGGCCCCCAUGACUGACAUACGAUCUGCGGCUUCAUAUGCUCCUGCAAACGCGUCUGCAGAUUCAGCUUCCCGGCCAACAAGCUCCGCAGGUCAACCUCCCAUAGCAGGGUACGGUUUAAUUUCACAUCAACCGCCCGCCGCAUCCAUGGGCUUUUCGAUACCCAUAUCUUCAGCACCGCCUCCCUCAUCUACGGAAUUCAUUUCAACGUCACCGCUAUCGACAACCAUGCCACAUUCUGCUCAUUUCCCCCCUCCCCCCACCGUCCGGACCUCGUGGUCAGACAGUGCUGCCACAUUACCUCAUCGCAGCCAUCAGCAUUCACUUUCGGGUAGUUCCCUCAACGCCGGCAUCAAUUUUCAUUCGAUACCCAGCAAUAACUCGCCUCUCGGACCACUCCCAUUUUCAACAACCGGAACAUUCCCUUCAUCAUCUUCACAGCCACGUUCUCUCACGAAUACCGGCUCGGGCAUUACCCCGCCAAUUGGCAGGGUUUCUAGAUCCAGCUCUUUCACGACUAGCAAUGUAAAUCCAUUGGCGUUCGGAAUAUCCGAGGUAACUCCCUCCAAUGCCCUUGAUUUUUUGAAUUCAGCACCGCCUACUGCACAAUCGCUUGGGUCGCAUAGUCCAACUUCAUCUCUUGAAGGAGAACAUGACGAGUCCGAUGUCUCGCACAGCCCGCCUGAGUCCUCAGGAUUGAGGACGAUUUCUCACCAUUCAAGUUCAUCUCGCACUGUCACGGGGUAUGACGUUCGUUCAUGUUCUCUCGUUACACGACAAUCUACAGAGAAUUUGUCUCCGACAUCAACGCAAGGGCACAGCAAUGAAGUUCCGCAAGAAUAUCGCGCGGAAGUUGACCGUAUCUUCUUCGAGUUCUUGAAUAGUAUUUGUUCAAAUUUGGAUGCCACCGAUGCGAAAGGGGAGCCGAUACAUCAAACAUUAAUGGCAAAGAAAAUGCAACGUCUAGAUGAGUCACCUGAUUUUCGACCAUUUAAAUUCCGGAUACAGGCUUUCACAAAUGCAUUUUUGGAAGAGCUGGCCAAACAAGGUUACCCAGAAGAGAAAAUUCCUAUGAAGAAGAUCCGCAACUACCUAUGGAACCAACCGUAUAUCUCGCGCUUCAACGAGGAUGGUAAAAAGACCAAGUCUAAGGGUAAUCAUAUUUGGAACAUAGAUGCAAAGAAGAGCCCUCAUGAUGGCACUUGGACUUUUCGCCCUUUUCAUCGGAAAGUGGCUGGCUCACCGCCUGGUGUUGCUUACGUUGGCCUUCGGUGGUCUUGGGCACCUCGUAUAUGGGAUCCACAGGCGUCGCGAUCAAAUUUGAUAGUUACGUACACCUCGCCGUCCCUCCCAUCCUGGCUAUUUUGGGAAGACGAUGUGCUGUCAGGAACGCCUCCUCCGGACGCAGAGAGCUGUGACAUCACGGUUGUGGCCCGUUAUGUUCAAGAUGGGCAAGAAGAGCUGCUGACGCAGACCUUCCAUCUUAAUAUUGUGCCUGUCUCGAACCUUGACACCUCGUUCUCUGCCUCGCGUCGCGGUUCUAUGAAUGGGGAGAUGCACAAGCCACGUCGGGUGGCAACUGAUUCCACAGUUCCUCAGGCAUCUCCCAGGCCGUUAAGGUCCCAACCAUCGUCUGGUCUGGUGUCACCAGUUGCCACGCGUGAUGCGCAAGUGAUUCAAGUGCUGACGUCAGCUGCUCAGCGUGUCGCUCAAGAAGCUCAGUCCCAAAUAAUCUCUUCCGCGAUACCAGGCGAGCCCGGCCCUGAGCUGCAGGCCCUCGCGAAGCAACAGCAUGUGUUGACAAUUACCGCACAAGCGUUCGACCAAGAAGUGACUGGUCAACAACGGUCGGAGAUUGGCCCACAGGCAACUACUGUAUUAGCAGCAGCGGCACAACAGGUCGUAUUCCAGGCCGCGCGCCAAGUAGUUGCGGAUCGCUCUGCUGCUGUUGCGAGUCAGAUCUCCGCGGGUUUCACUCCCCCACCUGAUGCUGCUACACAGGUGACUGUUAAUGAAGUGUCAGUUGCCACGCAAUCAGCCGUUGCACAGGCUGUCGAAAUCACUGGACCGUUAUCCAACGAGGUUGACGUCCUGAUGACGGCAAGUUCCUUGUUGCAACAGCAGAUUAGAGCUCCACCCCAUCAUAUCCAGCAACCAUGACCGCUCAAUCCAGUGUUGGUGUCGUUCAUUAUCCAUCUGCUAUGUCUUCUGGUAGCUUAUCAAAUUUUGGUCAACUAUCAUGAUGCUCCGCGAUUCUUAGCAUAUCUCAUUUAGGGUUUUGGGACUCAUUAUGUGUCGUUGGGUUAUCUGCUUAUCUCACUUACUUCAUCAUCUCCUAUAGAGAUCCGGCACGGCAUUCAA